GCAUGCCAUUGUUGAACUGUAGCAAACCCGAGCAAACCAAACCGGUCGCUGUGUCAGAAACAUGGCGGCCUUUAGUAAAUAUCUGACUGCGAAAAACUCUUCCAUAGCAGGCGGCAUUUUGCUGGUUCUAUACCUCCUGAAACACAGAAGACGGACGCCCAAACAGGACGGUAGAAAAGGAGGCUCAGAUCUUGUGCUGAACACUGAGAAAGAUGGCAGAAAAGACCGUGCAGCAGUGGACAAGGUUUUCUUCCUUCGAAUCAUCCGGAUUCUGCGGAUCAUGGUACCUCGUGUUUUCUGCAUGGAGACUGGCUACCUUAUCCUUAUCGCCGCCAUGUUGGUGGCCAGGACCUACUGUGAUGUGUGGAUGAUCCAGAACGGCACCAUGAUUGAAAGCGGUAUAAUAAGCAGAGAUGUCAGUCUAUUCAAGAAGCACUUUUAUUCCUACAUAUCAGUCAUACCAGGGAUUGCCUUGGUGAACAACUUCCUGAAGCUGGGCCUAAAUGAACUGAAACUGAGGUGUCGUGAGAGGCUCACAAAGAAAUUGUACGACGAGUACCUGCAAGGUUACACCUACUACAAAAUGGGAAACCUGGACAACCGGAUAGCCAAUGCAGACCAGCUGCUGACACAAGAUGUGGAGAAAUUCUGCAACAGUGUGGUGGACCUUUACUCCAACCUCAGCAAGCCUCUGUUGGAUAUUGGUCUGUACAUCUUCAAGCUGACAAGUGCCAUUGGUGCUCAGGGCCCAGCUAUCAUGAUGGCCUACUUGCUGAUCUCAGGUCUGUUCCUGACCAGAUUGAGGAGGCCAAUAGGGAAGAUGACAGUCACCGAGCAGCGCUACGAGGGAGAGUACCGCUACGUCAACUCCCGCCUCAUCACUAACAGUGAGGAGAUUGCCUUCUACAAUGGAAACAUGAGGGAAAAACAGACCAUCCACGCCACAUUCAAGAAACUGGUGGACCACUUACAUAACUUCAUCUUCUUUCGCUUCUCCAUGGGAUUUGUUGACAGCAUGAUUGCCAAGUACCUGGCCACUGUGGUGGGCUACCUGGUGGUUAGCCGCCCGUUCCUAAACCUGUCCCACCCCCGACACCUGCACAGCACACACUCAGAGCUGCUGGAGGACUACUACCAGAGUGGCAGGAUGCUCCUAAGAAUGUCCCAGGCACUGGGCAGGAUUGUACUGGCUGGCCGAGAGAUGACCCGCCUCUCAGGAUUCACAGCUCGCAUCACUGAACUUAUGAAAGUCCUGAAGGAGCUGAAUGCUGGCAAAUAUGAACGCACCAUGGUCUCCCAGCAGGAGAAAGAAUCAGACACUGCUGAGAAACUCACACUAGUGCCUGGAAGUGGUCAAAUUAUCAACAGAGAUAACAUCAUCAAAUUUGAACAUACCCCACUAGCAACACCCAAUGGAGACAUCCUGAUAAGAGACCUCACAUUUGAGGUAAGGUCUGGCACCAAUGUUCUUGUGUGUGGCCCAAAUGGCUGUGGCAAGAGCUCUCUGUUCAGAGUGCUUGGAGAGCUGUGGCCUCUGUUUGGAGGACACCUGACAAAACCUGAGAGAGGGAAGCUCUUCUAUGUCCCACAGAGACCCUACAUGACUCUGGGUUCUCUGAGGGACCAAGUCAUUUACCCUGACACCUAUGAAGAGCAGAGGAGGAAAGGCAUCUCUGAUCAGGUGUUGAAGGAAUAUCUGGACAAUGUUCAACUGGGUCACAUCCUGGACAGGGAGGGCAGCUGGGACUCAGUCCAGGACUGGAUGGAUGUCCUCAGUGGAGGAGAGAAGCAGAGGAUGGCUAUGGCCAGACUGUUCUACCACAAGCCCCAGUUUGCCAUUCUGGAUGAGUGCACCAGUGCAGUGAGUGUGGAUGUGGAGGAUUACAUCUACAGCCACUGCAGGACGGUGGGCAUCACCUUGUUCACAGUGUCUCACAGAAAGUCCCUGUGGAAGCACCAUGAGUACUAUCUCCACAUGGACGGGAGAGGAAACUACGAGUUCAAGCCCAUCACAGAGGAAACUGUAGAGUUUGGCUCAUAACUGCCGAUGUUAGCCACAAAUGCACUGCUCUGAAAAAAACCAGUCCAUUAAUUCUUUGCACUCAAGACAGAAGUUAUAGCUAAAACUAGAAAAUAAUGUUUUUAAUCAUUUGUAACUCUCAGCCUUGUUUUCUUUUAUGUUUUUUUUUUUAUUAUUUAAAGCAUCACUUUUGUCCUGUCUAAUCAUGAAUUUGUCAAGUGUUAUUAUGAACACCUAUAAUUUAUAUGGCCAGCAUCUAAGUUGUGUGUUAAACACUACAGAUGAAUGAGUGAAGCAGAAAGUACAAUAUACUGUUUUAGUCAUCUCUGCAUAUGCUGUCAUAUCUCACAACAGUAACAUAGGUUAGUCUGGAGAGAGAGAAGCUAGAUACCACAGUGGUCUUUGAGGUAUCAUACGUCCUGCACAGAGUAAUACUGAAGUUUAUGUACAGAAGGGGAUACUUCCUAAAAACUCACACAAAUGAUGCUCUUUCCUUGUAGGUACUUCUUAAAGGUAAACUGUCCACAGCUUACAGAGGCAGAGCCCACACUCUGAAUCAUUUUCAGGCAUGUUCUCUUGAUAUCUUAAAAAAACGAAGUAAGUCUUGGCUUCUUUUUUUCAUUUCUGAGGAGACUGAUUAUUGAUUAUCUUGUCACCUAAAAGUGGUGAUAAAGGGCCAGUCAACCACAGCCGCAGUCUGCCUCUGUAACUACAGGGAGCUACAGGACAAAUAGCGCUCACAGGAACUGAAUAAAACUUCCUCAGAGACUGCUCUAGACCCAGCUGUUUGACCUGAAGGUUCUGAAGGGCUUACUGUAGCAUGGCAGCAAGCCUCUUGAGCAACUCGUGCAAUCUGGUGGAAAAACUUCUCUGUCUGACUCAUGGUGCUGCAAAGUGGCCCUAAUCUGUGACCAUCCUACCUACAUAUCACUGUUCUGGAUGGCUGUCAGAGAAAACAGGAACAUGUCAGUCCCUCAGAUAUUUAGAGGCGCAUUGAAAAUUUUGUUGAAAAUCAUGACCUAGACUAAUGCACAUGGGGAGAUUUCCAUUUAAGUCAGUACAACCCAUGUUAAAUCAAAGAUGGUGCAGAAUUUCUUUUCCGCUAAGCAGUGCUGCUUGUCAGCUUCGCCCUCAGUGUUGCCACUGGAGUAGGGACACAGACUGUCACUAUGCAGACCUUUUCCACAAGUGGUAGCACUCAGCUCAAGUCACUUUGUAUCUUGAACAUUCCUCCUGCAAUAAUGAGUGCCUGGUCAAUGUGCGAUUGUCGCCAGGGAUGCUAAUAUGUAGUAUGACAGCCCUGCAUCAGGUAUAACUGCCAUGGUGCUGUGGACUUGAGACCUGGUCACACCAGCAUUAAAACAUUUUGGGACAAAAAGUGUAAUUUCAAUUGAGCUGCUGCAAUCAGGAGAUUCUCUAAGGCUAAAUAAAAAAAACAAACUCCGAUAAACAUUGACAUGUGACCAAACCACGGUGGACGUGCUGUGGGAAGGGAAAAUCAGAGCAAAAAGUAGGAAGUAAUCAUAUCAACCACAUUGCCACUUUUAUAUAACCUUGCUCCUCAAUAGAGACACUGAUUUGCAGUCAGUCAAAAGGCAGCCGUCAGUUCUUUUCCAUUUUUCGAUAAAGGUUGUAAGAUUGUAAUUGCUGGAAUCAACUUGCUUUUGUCAGGUGAUGGCUGUAGUUCAUGAAACAAGAGGCUGUCAGUAAGGCAACAGAGCACAGAGAAAUCUGAUUGGCUGUUGAGGUUGAAAAGUUCUGUAGUCACAUGCAUGGUCCAUCCUUGACUAGUAUUCCCUGGCUGAGUUUAACUUGGUUGAUCAUAUUACCUGAAAUUUGAUCAUCAUUAUUAUUAUUACUAAACUUUUUUCUUGUUAUUAACUUUUUCCAUUUAGGAAAUUCUGUUCAAAUUUAAUACAUAUUUCUUGGGUUGUGGGAUUAAAAGUUUGUCUUGAAUUUUGGAUAAUUGUUUAACUGAUUUUACAUGAGCUUUGUGAAGCUGGGGAUUGGGUCUAAAGUGCAAUGAUGGUUUCUCUCAGUACAUCACUGGUACAUGAACAUGCAGACAAGUUCCUUUCCCAACCCCCUUGCCAUUACUCAGCACAUCUCUGUUCUGUCACUCAAACAUACUGUAACUAUAUUUUGAAAAUGUAAAGAAGGAGCCUAGCUGUACCCAUGGUUUUAUAUGGAUACUAAUGCAGUUAUGAUCAUUAUUAAUUAAAUUAAUAAAUGUAGGAGUAAUGAA